UCCCCGAUGGAUGAAACUGCUCCUUCCGCUCGUCGGCCGUCGCCCGCCGCUCACCCUCCCCUACCCUGCUCCCCCCUCCCGCGCCCCGGUGGCUCCCUCCUGCCGGCCGCCGCCCUGCCGCCCCUUUGCGUAGCUCGCCUGCGCCUUCCGCGGGCGGCGGCUCCACCUGCCCCCAGUACGCCGCGCGGCUUGCGGGCGCGUCCGCUCGCUCGCUUGGUCCUGCCCGCGCCUCGCCGCGGCGGAUGGCUCAAGAGCGCCCCUCGCCGGCGUCCUCCGACACCGCCGAAUCCUUCGACUCUGCUCCCGAAUCCGAUGCCUCCGCAUCAUCCUCGGAGCUCUCGACCGGCUCCUCCGGAUCCGAGCCGGUCGUUCCCAAGAAGCCCCGCCGCCCCGUGCGCCCGUGGCCAGCCUCCGACGAGAUCGCGCUCCUCGAGGCCGUCGCGGCGCACCGCGAGAAGCACGGGCGCCUGCCGUCGCCCCACGACCUCGCCGCCGCCCUGCGAGGCCGCCUCCGCGCGGAGGGCCGCCUCGGCGCCGAGCAGGUCGCCAAGCGGCUGCGCGCGCUCCGCUCCCGGUACGACGCGGCCGCCAUCCGCCUCUCCCGCGGCACCAUCCCGGUGAAGGACGACGACGUCACGAUCUACAGGCUGUCCAAGCUAAUCUGGGCGGGCACGCGCAAGGGGAAGAGGGAAAAGAAGGCCCGCGCGGCCGACGCGCGCAAGGACCCGAGGGAGUUCGGCGAGCUCUCCGGGCUGUACCCUUGCCUCUCCGCGGAGGUGGAGGCGAUUGACAAGAGGUGCGGCGCUGCGGCGGCCGACGGGGUGCUGAAGAGGGCGUUUGGGCGUAUCGGGGACGACACCGCGGCACGGCUGGAGGCGAGGGUGAAGAUGCAGCGGGUGGCGGAGGCCAGGGCGAGCGCGGAGCUUGACCAGCUGAGGAGGAAUGUCGCUGGGGCUCUUCUGCGUUUGAUCAAGUGAAUGAUUGAAAUGUCAUCAGAUUUUUUGUGCCGAAGAUCAAAGGCAAUACCAAAAGUAUCAGAAAUGUGUGAUGUCGCGAAUUGUAGAUAAUAAGCUCCAGUCUUAGUAGAGUAGAGUUUAGUUUGUUUUGCACCUUACCAUUGCCUAAGCUGGGAACAGUUGUCUGCAGGAAAAUUAAUUUUCCCGCAGCACUAAAAUUCGAAAUACAAAGCUAACGUUUCAAAAUCUAUCCUUUUAGAGCAAGUAUAGUAAUGCCUAGUCAGCUGGUGGAAGAGCACUCCACAUCAACAAAAUCUGAGCUGGAGAGAAUAGGAACCAAGUAAAAAAGUGACAGCUUUUCGCCUUCAGCCAAUAGUCAUACAAACAUCAAUUAUGCACAUCUUCAAUCCAACCAUUCUAAUAAUCAACCUAGCAGCUAAGUCAUUAUAUGAACAGGGCAAAAGGCUAUAUUUUCAACUUCAUAUGACAUGGCAAUAGCAUUUAGCCUUCAGCUGGCUAAAUCAUUAGCCAUGCUCUUAUUCUCACUCUGCAAUCUGCCUCAACCAUCUAUACAUACUCUGUAAAGCAUAUAUCAUCUUAUGGAUUGGUGGUUUCAAGCUGCUAACGCACGAUGCCUCCUUCAAAAUUAUAAGCAUGGCGCGCGCCUUGUGGCCAAAAUAUUUCACAAACCCUAUCUUGUGCAAUGCAAAGUGUGCUGAUAUUUCAGGCCUGGUGUUGUGUUUUGCAUCAAUCAAUUUUGAUUAUCAUUUAGCAUUAGGGGCAGUGUUUGGGAGGGUUUCUGCUCCCAGAUUAUCAUCCAGAGCAGCUGGAGUGCAUCCAACUGCCCUCAGCUCUGAAGAAACAGUAUGAAAGCUGAAUGGUCCAGAGCCACAAAUUAACUGGAGAAGUGGAGCAGGCUGCCUUAUCUGUAUUCCAUGUUCUGUAUGCGUCUGUUCAAGAAGUUGCUAUGCCCUAUUCAACCAUCUCGUCAAGGUGAUGCCACAUAUGACAUAAUAUAUUGUGAUGUUCUUGAGUGUUUGUUUGUGUGGUUUGGUUGUAUGGCACUAUGGCAGUUUGUAGGUACUGAAAUGGAUUGUGGUAUUUGUGAUGAAUGUAGUGUACUGACUGCCUUUGCACUAGUACACUCUCCAGGGCCCAGGCCUCCACAUAUUUUCUGAUGGGAGAUUGGACUGUUGGAGUCAGUGAACUUCAAUCCAUGUUUUGCAUUGCAUGGAUGUGUUAAAAAUUAGUUAUAUAUUGUUGAAGAGUGAUAUUAAAAUUUGAUCUGUGAUCUUUCAAUCUGGACUUUGCAGGUAUACAGGAAAAACAUUGUAGGGAUUUUUAUUUAUUUUUUAUUAUCCCCUGUAACCUUGUUUGAACCUUUUGGCUGCUCCAUUAGUCCCUUCAGAGAUGACAUCUGAUCAUUGAGAUAAGUACACUUUUGAUGUGGUUAGGAGUACCAGUCAAUGUUUGCAAUUUGGUGAAUUAUUGAAAUGGAAUAAUGGCAAAGUUCUUUUUUCAGUCCGCAUUUGGGUGCAAUAAAUGGUGUGUUGGUGCUUUUAUCAUAUUUGCUUUUAUCAAUAAGUGCAGUUGGGCGCAAUAAGGAUUGAGCUGUGAAGGGUUGCUGACUAAAUAACUGGUUGAAUCUGUUUCUUUUAAAAAAAAAA